UGACCCUUCGGGGGCGGGGUACUGGCGGUUCUGAGUGCCGUCGGUGGGAACACGGGCAGUGUGAGUCCCUUUCGGGGGGAUCCCGGGGAGUCUGCAUCCCCUCAUAGGGGCAGAGAUGGGAGGUUGCUCACACGGAGUGUGGGGGUCUCCUUGCAGGGGAGUUGGGCAGGGGCCCGGAGUUCCCCCUGACCCCUCCCCGACCGAUCUCCCCGCAGUUUAUUCCCUGGACGGGCUCCUGGUGUUCGGGCUGCUCCUGGUUUGCACUUGUGCGUACCUCCGGAAGGUGCCCCGACUGCGCACCUGGCUCCUGUCCGAGCGCAGGGGCAUCUGGGGAGUCUGCCACAAGGCUGCUGUGAUUGGGACCCGCCUGCACGUGGCUGUGUCCAUGUCCUGUCUUCUCAUGGCCUUCUACGUCCUUGUGGGAAAGUGACCACAUGGAGACCUGCUGGCAACCUGAGAGAGACCUGGGACUGACUAGAGAUCCUGUGACUGAUUCCAACAAUCCCAGUAUGGACCAGAGAUCCUGGUACUGACCCCUGUGUCCCAGUACCAACCAGAGACCCCACUGCUGACCCUGGAGACCCUGGUACUGAUCCUGGAGACCCUGGUACUGACCAUGAACCACCCCUGGUCCUGCCCUUGGCAGCAACCUGGAUCCUGCAUGUGGCAACCCAGGGACCAUCAUGGCCCAUCACCCUCCUUGAGCCCACCAAGGGCAACUGUGAGGGCCAACAGAGCACCUUUAGACUGUUGGAAAAAGAUUUCUCAUGAAUUCUGUAGAGAAGUGGGUGAAGGGACCCCCGGGACUGGGGGACCCAGCUCUGACUUGUGAGCCCCUUGUCUUGAUGCUGAGCAGGGUGCUGGUGAGACCAUGGCAGGCUCUGGGGGCCUGGCAGGGUCCCCCCUAAUCUGUGGGAUCUUCCUAUGCCCCUGCAGCAGAGUGGGGGGGCCCUCAGGGGGGUCUCCUGCAGUGGGGGUUGGUGACGCCCGGGUUGUAAAUAUUGGACCGCCACAUGCAAAUAAAGUGGGGGUUCCUC